AAUUCCCUAGGUAGAUUAAGAAUUACUGUUUGUAAAAGUUCGUCAACCCAUCAACCGUCAAUUUAAUGUAAAUCAUUUAAACGUUAACGCUUAAGUCCUAAGAUAAAUUAUUUUAUUGUGUUUUAGUUUUAUAUGAGUUGAAAAUGGAGUGUCUGUCCGUAGAGGAAAAAGUGGAAAUUCUUAUUUAUGAGGAAUCUAGGAGAAAUGUGCAACAGUCUAUUCUUCUGUAUGCUGAACGGUUUCCUGAUAGAAGAACUCCAUCGCAAAUAUCAUUUUAUCGUGUUAUAAAGCAGUUUUCCGAAGAAGAAAGUGUCCAGCCAAAAAAAAGGAGUCGUAGAAGAACCGCCACUGGCGAAGAUAACGAAAUUGCAGUGUUAGCUGAAGUGAAUUACGAUCCCCAUAUAAGUUCUCGAGAAUUAGCUACCAAUGUAGGGAUUUCUAAAAGCAGUGUUCUUAGAAUAUUAAAACAGCACAAAUUCCAUCCAUACCAUGUAUCGUUGCAUCAAGAACUACAUGGUGACGAUUUUGUGAAUAAAAUAACAUUUUGUAGAUGGGCACAAGACAGAAUGCGGAAUAAUAAUAACUUUUUUUCUAUCCGUAUUAUUUAGUGACGAAUGUACUUUCACCAAUCAUGGUGAAGUAAAUCGGCAUAACAUGCACUAUCGGGCUGCUGAAAAUCCACAUUGGUUAAGAGAAGUGGAGCAUCAGAGACCCUGGUCUGGUAAUGUGUGGUGUGGAAUUUCGGGAGAUAAGAUAAUUGGACCUUUUUUCAUCAAUGGCACAUUAACAGGAAAACUGUACACAAUCUUUCUAACUGAGGAGUUGCCGUUAUUGUUGGAAGAUGUACCAUUAGAAGAAAGGCAGACCAUGUGGUACCAGCACGAUGGAUGCCCUGCUCAUUAUGCACGUACUGCUAGAGAUGUUUUAAAUCACAAUUACAAUGCUCGUUGGAUAGGACGCGGAGGUCCAGUACAUUGGCCAGCUCGAUCUCCUGCCCUACAUCCCAGAUUUUUCUUAUGGGGUUAUCUCAAAGACAAAGUUUAUAUCGAUGUACCAACGACUCUAGAAAACAUGCAGGAGCGCAUACGAAAUGCUUGUGCAAAUAUUGAAAGAGACGUACGGUUACGUACACAUCACUCUUUUCUUCAAAGAAUUGGAAAGUGCAUUGAGGUAGAAGGGCAUCGCUUUGAACAUUCAUUACUGUAAU